UGUCCUCGUUUCUGUGUUGCUCCACUCCCAACGACAUGGCUGUUCACCGGUGUGGGUCGCUCCUCCGUAACGCGGCUCUGCUGCUGGUGCUCUCCGCGGUGGUCGGCGGUCAGGGCCGGUUCAAGGGCUUCAGGAGCUACGGGAGCUCCGGGAGCUUCAAUGGAGGGCGGGACACCGGAGAGGGGACGGGGUCGGAGGAGCAGUGGUUCACCCAGAGACUCGACCACUUCAACGGCGCAGACAGCAAAGAGUGGAAGCAGAGGUACUUUGUGAACGAAGCGUUCUCCCGGCCGGGCGGCCCGGUGUUCCUGAUGAUCGGGGGGGAGGGCCCGGCCAACCCGGCCUGGAUGCACAACGGCACGUGGCUCGCCUACGCCCAGAAGCUCGGGGCCCUUUGCUUGAUGCUGGAACAUCGCUUCUACGGAAAGAGUCACCCCACAGCUGACCUCAGCUUGGGCAGCCUGCGUUUCCUGAGCAGUCGCCAGGCGCUGGCCGACCUCGCUCACUUCCUCUCCGUGACGACGGAGCGCCGCGGGCUGGCCGGCAGGAAGUGGGUGGCGUUCGGCGGCUCGUACCCUGGCUCCCUCGCCGCCUGGUUCCGGCUCAAGUAUCCGCACCUGGUCCACGCCGCCGUGGCAACCAGCGCACCCGUCCAGGCCACCGUCAACUUCCCAGAGUACCUGGAGGUCGUGUGGCGUUCGCUGGCCUCCGAGGACGUGCAGUGCCCCGUCGUGGUGCAGGUGGCUUCCAAGGCCCUCGUAGAGCGCCUGAAGGACCCCAAGACCUACGACAACGUCUCCAAAGACUUCAACCUGUGUUCCAAACUGCAGAUCAAGACGGAGAUGGAUUCGGCCUUCUUCCUGGAAAUGCUCGCCGGCAACUUCAUGGACACGGUGCAGUACAACGAAGACAACCGGGGGUUUGAGGGCGCGCGUGGCACCAACAUCACCAUCAAGCUGCUGUGCGGCGUGAUGGCCGACGCCUCCCUCGGCGACCCGUACGCCCGCUACGCCGCCGUGGCUCGCCUCAUGAUGGACGCCUUCUCCAUCAGCUGCCUGAACGCCAGCUACCAGAGCUACCUGGCAGACAUGACUGAUGCAUCAUGGGACGGGCCGGCCGCCGGGGGAGGGCGACAGUGGGUCUACCAGACCUGCACCGAGUUCGGCUUCUACCAGAGCACCGACUCGCCCAACCAGCCGUUCACCGGCUUCCCCCUGGAGUACCACGUGAAGCAGUGCUCUGACAUCUUUAACAUCAGUGUUGACGAGCUGGUGUCGGCCGUGUCUCAGACCAACGAGUUCUACGGCGGCUUCUCUCUCGUGUCCUCGAGGAUCGUCCUGCCCAACGGCUCCGUGGACCCGUGGCACGCGCUGGGCGUCACGUGGGACCUCACGCCGGAGCUGCCCGCCGUGUUUAUCAAGGGAACUGCCCAUUGUGCCAACAUGUACCCGGCCAGCAGUGAAGAUCUCCCCCAGCUGGCUCUGGCCCGCGAUCACAUCUUCUUGCUUCUCCAGAGGUGGCUGAAGCAGUGACGGACAGCCGGCCGGCCAAUCGAAACUUGAUUCUUACUUUUGUCCCGAUCAUUGACAUCCGAAUGAGACCUCCGACUUUUGCCACUUUGUUGCAUUAAAACAAAAAAAAUGUACACAAGCCUUGGAUCUAUUGUAUUUCAAAUGAAUGAAACAAGUUUGAUCGAUCAAUAAAUAUAUUUUUUUGAAAUUA